AUGGUCCCCUGGGAUGAUUUCGAUAGUAUCUUCUCCUUCAACCGGAAUUUCUCGUACGAUGUCAAGGUCAUUGAUCAGAUCCUCUCCAACCGGCGUGCGCUGGAAAACCGACUGUUCGCCGAUCGACUGCUGGGAUUGCUUCAAGUCAAAGCAGUAACGAAGCUAUACCCCCCCAAGUCCAACGACGACCUUCGUUCCCUUGUCGGCCACAUCGUGUCUUCCGAACUGGAUAUCCACCACAAGCAAGCACUGAUUUACUAUAUCCUGAAGGACUGUCGCGCAGCUGGUGAGGCCGCAUCGCAGUUUGCGCGACGCUGCUUCCUGCCUGAGAAGUACCGACUGUUCAUCGAGGGACUCUGGAACUUGGACCGGCUAGAAUUCAAGAAAGCUGUCGAAUACCUGACGGAGCCGUCGAUUAUCCCUACCUUCCCCGACGAGAUCCUCUACGUCCUCAGCCACCCACUUCUUCCCAAACAUGACGACAGCCUCGCCAUGGCUUACUACCUCACUGUCGCCCCGCCGUUAGCCUCCGAGAAGGUCCAGCAAACAUUUUUUGACACUCUUUGUCGCGCCAGUAUAACGGAGGCCUUCUACUUCACGCGGAACCACGACGAUGCGCUCCGUCAAGCCUACCUUACGCAGCUCAUUGAGUUUGUUCUUACAACGCAAGCCGGUGCGCAGCGAAGUCAGCACGCGAUGGAGCUUAUCGGCCUCCCAUUUGACACUCAGGAAGAGGAGUGGUUUGAGGAAGCGCUGCUCCACGGAAAGGUUAAAGCGCUGCAUGGGGCUAAAGACACGGUCAUGAUGCGCCGUCUGGCCACAGGGAAAUUGCAGGGACAGGCCGGAGAAUUGGAGUCCUUGAGUGGGAAGAAGAUCGAUGGAUUGAACUGGGAUGUUCUCCGGCAGAGCAUGCAACACUCCCAGGUCACAUCGCUGUCCGGCAGCAAUAUGGUCGUCUGUACAUUCUUUCAACAAGGCCGGUGUAAAUUUGGCGAACGAUGCAAGUUUGAACACCCAAGCCAAUCAACGAUAGCUGGUAAUCGAUUUGGUGCGCUCGCCGGGGGAGGCGGUUACGGGAUAACAGCGGCUGAUAUCAAGACUGAUCUAACAGCCGGUCAAGGCCGGCCAAACUGGAUCUUUUCCUGCUAUGGUCCUGGGCGGAAUGCGCCGAAGCAACUGUUUGGAGGACCUCAGCGCGAACAGAGUUUCGAAGAGUUGCGUCUACGCCAUUAUGAAGCGACUGCGGCCGGUAAUCCUAACCAAGCGCUUCAAGAGGCCCAGGCGCUCUAUGCUGAAUCCCUGAGCCAGAUGGAAGUUAUCCUGAGGGAUCUGGACGGGGCCGUCAAAUACCUUAUUGACGGGGCAAAUGAGCAUCCCAACCGGAUUGAUAUAUCAGAGGGGAAAACAGGCCCUUCUCCAUCCGGUCCUCAAGGCCCUUCGGCAUUUGGUCAGCCCUCAGCAUUUGGCCAACCCAGCGGUAUAACGCCGCAGCCGUCGGGCUUUGGCCAACCUUCUGCCCCCGGCUCUCAGUCGGCAUUUGGCAAACCGUCUGCGUUUGGCCAGCCAUCGACUUUUGGGCAACCAUCGGCCGCGGGGCAGGCUCCAGGGUUUGGACAGCCCAGCUCGAUCAACCAGAGGCCUGCAUUCGGACAGCCGGCGCCGCUUGGGGGACAACCAGCAGCACUUGGGAGCCAAUCUCCGUUUGGAAAACCCGCGUUUGGUCAGUCUGGCUUUGGGCAACAGCAACAGCCACAGCCACAGCCACAGCAGCCUGCGUUUGGUCAGUCGGGAUUUGGCCAGCCGUCGGCGCUGGGAGGGUCCGGGUUCGGCAAGGCUUCUAAUACCGCGUCCCCGUUCAAUCAAUUGUCAACCCAGAACCAGGGCAUGGCUGGCUUUGCGCAGCCGUCUGGACAGACAGCUGCCUCUCCAUUCGGACAAGUUGCCGCACAACAGCCCGCAGCCCCCUCUGGGUUUGGCCAGCCGUCCUCUCAGCCAAGUGGCUUCGGACAGGCUGCACCGGCCGCAUCACCCUUUGGGAAACCCCAGCAACAGACAAGUCCAUUUGGGCAGGUAUCCCAACCGGCCCAACCGGCCCAACCAACCCCACCAGCCGCCGCUGCAAACCCGUUCGGGGCUCCCGCCCAGCCAGCAGCUGGAUUCGGUCAGCCCGAACCCAAACCGUCUGGAUUCGCCCAGCUCCAACCACAGCAGCCGGCCGCCGUACAGUCCGCAACAGCAGGUACUGGGCCCCCUGCGAUCCUGAGGGUCCAGGACCCCAACGACCUGAACCCGAUCCCACCCCUAUCCGGACAGACGACCCGCAAUGCUUUGACCAAGCGACUGGAUACAUGGAAAGGACAACCGGUGAAGUACAUCGACAACGCUCCCUGUUAUCUACACCCGCAAGAUCGCCAGACAUACGUGCACAUCUUCUUUCCCGACGGACCACCGGACGCAGCCAGUCUGCGAGAUGCGCAUGGCAAGCCGGAAGAAUACACCCCGGAGGUCACCGAGCAGUAUGAGUUCUUUGUGAAGAAUGGGUACUUCAAGGACGGUGUUAUUCCUAGCGUACCUCCCAAGACCGAGUGGGUGAGCUUCGACUUUUAG